GAUCUUUCUCCCUACGGUAUAAAUACACCCAUCUAGGGUUCAUCUAUGGUCACGUAACCUAAACACUUGAAUUCUCUUGCCCACUGCUUGAGUUUAAAAUCAUUCACUAACUUGACCUCCGUAGAGCCUUUCGCCGGUGCAUCCCUUGGUCUUAAGCUUGACUUUACCACCACUCACGGAGGUGCGCAAAUUCAAUUCCAACAAUUGAUGCGUUCAUUGAGAGUGAACUCAUAUUCCUCUCGGUCAGAUCACUUUGCCGAUUGACAUGUCAGAAAACUCAGUCAAUCAUAUCGGCUUCGCUGCCUCUCAGAGCAAUACCCAUGAGCGGUACGAUGGCGUCGCCGCCUUUGAUGAGAUGUGGAAAGACGUCAUGGAAAUUUGUUUGUCUCUAGAAGGCGUCUGACAAAGCCCUCUGGCUAGAGAACCUGCUAGACUCGCCGACGUAAAGGCACAUGUCAAAAAUGUCAAGGAAACUGUUACUUGCUUCAAAGAAUUAGCUGCCCAGAAGACGGAGGUAAUCGAUUUAAUGUCAGAAGAAUCAUCUCAACGCCCUGUCCCCAAGGGGCAUCCCAUAAAAUUCCGAAGGCUACGGGGUCUCCCCCUUUUUCAAUGUUCGGGGGCAGAAGCAUCCAUUGAGGUAAGCUGUACACACGGCGAGCAGGAAUAUCUGGGAAACACCCGAAAAGAAAGAAGGUUCGCUUACAAGAAACCAAGAAUGGUGGCUGCCAUCAAUAAACCACUGGCAAUCGAUUCCAACUUCCUGAUGUAUAAUAUGGUGAUUUGGAAGACAUCUGUACGCCUCAUGACGACGCCAUCAUCGGCAAGGUAUAAUUCUCAACACCCUGUAUCACCAAGAAUCUGGAGUCUGCCAAUAGCAUGUUUUCAUUUAUUUGGUGGGUCAUUGGCUUCUACUGGGUACUUAAUGGUGGCCAGACUUUGCUAUCUAGUUCACCUCGCCUUUACUGUCUGCUGCUUUCGGGCAUGCAUAAGAGCAAUCUUAUAUGCGGUGACAGAUCAGGACGGGGCAACAUAUGAAGAGAUUGAUAGAUUGCCAAAGUUCAAAUUCAGAAGGGUAAGUAACUCGGAGAAAGUCAAUGGUGAGGUCCAAGCUUCUGAAGGAUUCAUGACCGAAUGUGACACCAAUGCACCAACCGAUCAUCCUAUUUCCCAGGCUGAUGCUGAAUGCUGCGUCUGCCUUUCUGUGUACAAGAAUGGAGCAGAGCUAAGCCAACAUCCUUGCCAGCAUCAUUUUCACUGCACUCAUAGCACAAAAUAG